AUGUCAGCACCUGUUUCUUUACAUCUCAGAGCCGAGACCAAGCCCUUAGAGGCCAGAGCCGGAUUGUCACCAUCCGUAACCAAGGAAUUAUUGGAUGCUGGUUUCAAGGUUUAUGUUGAAAAGAGUUCACAAUCCACUUUCGACGCCGACGAAUAUGCUAAAGUUGGCGCUGAAAUUGUACCUGAGGGUUCGUGGAAGGAAGCUCCCAAGGACCGUAUAAUCUAUGGAUUAAAGGCGUUGCCAGAAGAUGAAACUUUUCCUCUUGUUCAUGAACACAUCCAAUUUGCUCAUUGCUACAAGGACCAAGCUGGAUGGAAGGAUGUCUUGUCGAGAUUUCCUGCCGGAAACGGAACGUUAUACGACUUGGAGUUCUUAGUGAACGACGAGGGCCGUAGAGUCGCCGCGUUUGGUUUCUAUGCUGGUUUUGCUGGAGCUGCAAUUGGUUUGAAGGACUGGGCUUUCAAGCAGACUCACGCCGAUAAUGAGGAGUUGCGUGGUGUCACUCCAUAUGCCACUGAGGAAGAGUUAAUUAAGGACGUUAAGGAGGAUCUCGAUGCUGCUUUGGCCAAAAAUGGGGGCAAGUACCCACAAUGUUUGGUCAUUGGUGCCUUGGGUAGAUGCGGCUCUGGAGCCGUGUCUUUGUUCAAGAAGGCUGGUAUUCCCGAUGAAAAGAUUCUCCAAUGGGAUAUGAAGGAAACUGCCCGCGGUGGACCUUUUGAGGAAAUCACUGACUCGGACAUUUUCAUCAACUGUAUCUACUUGUCCCAACCCAUUCCUCCAUUUGUCAGUUCCGAGACCUUGAAUUCCGAAAAGAGAAAGUUGAGAACUAUAGUCGAUGUGUCCGCCGACACCACCAACCCAAACAACCCUAUUCCAGUGUACACUGUAAUCACUGAUUUCGACAAACCAACGGCCCUUGUCGAAACCACUGCUGGUCCAAAGUUGUCUGUGUGCUCCAUUGACCACUUGCCUUCGUUGGUUCCUAGAGAAGCCUCUGAAACCUUUGCUAAGGACUUGUUGCCUACAUUGCUCCAGCUUCCUGAUAGAAAUACUGCUCCGGUGUACCAGAGAGCCAAGCAACUUUUCGAAAAGCAUGUCGCCAGAUUGAAUUAA